CCAAACAUUUUUUGAUCGGCAUUUAGGCCCAAAUCAUAAACCGUACAAAUUCCAGAGAGAUGAGAUCAUUUAGAGGGGUUGAUGAUCAGCGAUCGGCGAUUUGCUCAGCGACGUCGGAGAGGACUCUGGUGCUCCGUCAUUGUCGUCGUCAUCAGUCCUCGACCCUCAAUCCUUGGAUCUCACCACACCCUUCCAGGCUCAUCUCUCACUACAUUGCUCCCCCUGUUAAUUUCCCAGACCCCAAACUGAUCGAUUCUUCUAAUUCCUCCUCUGCAGGAAGGAAGAUUAUGAUAUAUUGGACGACCCAUUUACUGGUUCCGACCUCUCACGGCCAGGCUUAACCCCAAAUGAAAUCCAAAAUUGAUAUGGCAUUUCAUUUUUGUGCUUUCUAAACUGCAAACAAGUGCUGGAGAAGGCUGCAGAACAUAGAAAAAUUUGUCAAGAAGACAGACACAUUCAACAAUAGUAGCAGGCAAAGCCAUUGCUAUCUCUCCAAACCCAAGAAAGGGAUGAUUUAAUC